GAUGCUGAGCUGGUCAAAAAGCUCGGCGGUGAUAUGAAAGUGAGACUCGGUUUAUUUCGUAAGAACUGCAGAAGUGAAAGUUCUCAGAGCAUGUUUUUAACACAGACGCGUUUGUUUGGGAGGAUUUGAAUUUAUUUGAUUUUGUUUUGUUGUUGACAUUUCGGUCCACACUCCGGUGAUGCACCGUUGAACUCUCUGACAACUAUACUGUGACGUAGCGGCAGGUCACGUGCUGUGCGGGUCAGCUGACUGCCUUCUUCCGGGUCUUCUGAUCGGUGUUUGCUGUGGUCUCCGCUGUGAUCCAGAGUCAGAACGCCAUGAACGCCUCCGACAGCGAUGAAGACAUCUACAACGAAAGGUCGGCCUUGGUCCGGUCCGAGUCUCCCGCGCUCCCCUCCUACAUACCGGACUCAGACCUCACGCCCCCCAAUGGCACGCCAACCAAAAGGUUAAAGGCGGGGAUAAGCAGGAGGCCGGGGGCGGCCGCUGCAGACGGCGGCGGGUCAGAUCCGGAGGUGGAAGCUGAGGAAGAAGAGCUGACCCUGAAGUAUGGCGCCAAGCACGUCAUCAUGCUCUUCAUCCCCGUCACCCUAUGCAUGGUCGUCGUGGUUGCCACCAUCAAGUCUGUGAGCUUCUACACGGAGAAGACGGACCAGCAGCUGAUCUACACGCCGUUCACGGAGAACACCUCCUCCGUUGGCCGCCGCCUCCUCAACUCCGUCCUGAACACCAUCAUCAUGAUCAGCGUCAUUGUGGUCAUGACCAUCUUCCUGGUCGUCCUGUACAAGUAUCGCUGCUACAAGUUCAUCCACGGCUGGCUCAUCCUGUCCUCCCUCAUGCUGCUCUUCUGGUUCAGCUUCAUGUACCUGGGGGAGGUGUUUAAGACGUACAACCUGGCGAUGGACUACCCGACGGUGGGCGUGAUCAUCUGGAACUUCGGGGCGGUGGGGAUGAUCUGCAUCCACUGGAAGGGCCCGCUCCAGCUGCAGCAGGCCUACCUGAUCCUCAUCAGCGCCCUCAUGGCCCUCGUCUUCAUCAAAUACCUGCCCGAGUGGUCGGCCUGGGUCAUCCUGGGUGCUAUCUCCGUCUACGACCUGGUGGCCGUCCUCAGUCCUAAAGGUCCUCUCAGGAUGUUGGUGGAAACGGCUCAGGAGCGUAACGAGCCCAUCUUCCCCGCCCUCAUCUACUCCUCCGCCAUGGUGUGGACGGUGGGGAUGGCGAGCCCCAAUGAGACUCAGCGCUCUGAACCAGAUGAGGAGGCGGAGCAAAGCGACGGAAGGGCGGAGCCUCCCAGCAGACACUCCAGAUCGCUUCCAGAGGACGAGAUGGAGGAGGACAGAGGCGUGAAGCUAGGCCUCGGCGAUUUCAUCUUCUACAGCGUUCUGGUUGGAAAAGCGGCGGCGACCGGGGGCGACUGGAACACGACGCUCGCCUGCUUCGUUGCCAUUCUUAUCGGUCUGUGCCUCACUCUGCUGCUGCUGGCCAUCUUUAAGAAGGCUCUGCCGGCGCUGCCCAUCUCCAUCACCUUCGGCCUCGUCUUCUACUUCUCCACGGACUUCCUGGUUCAGCCCUUCAUGGACAACCUGGCUGCUCACCAGUUUUACAUCUGAGACAAAGCUCCGCCCACCUCACCCCGCUCCUCGUUAUCUCGCUGGACUGCUGCCUUUUGUUGAUGCAACGCACAAAGAUUGUUUCCUGCGCUCGUCCUCAGACCGCAGGAACUGAUGUAAGAGUGUGCGGAAGGUGGGCGUGGCUGUUACCUGGUUGUUUCUGCUCAGGUUGUUUCUAGGUCACCUGCUGACUGAUAUUUAAACCCUGUCUGUAGUCUCUGUCGUGUUUCUGAAGCCGUGAUGGUGAUGUCACCACGACUCUCUGUGAUUGGCUGAUGUUCCCGUCAUUCUUCACUUAAUUUAAGCUCAUCGCUCUAACUUCAGGAAACAGGUGGGAUGUCUGAUUGGGUCAUGUGACCUAAUGAAACUUACCUGAGGGACGAGCUCACUUUGAGUGAAGCGCUUCAGGGCCAUGACAUGAAACCCUGAGAGGCCAAAUCUAAACAGUGCAGUGGGAGGAGUCUGAAGCAGCUGCUGAGCGCUGUGAUUGGGUAUUUCCUGCUGACACGCUUCAGCUUUUAUCCAGAAGGAUGUUUGUUAUUCUUAUUAUUUUGUUAUUUCAUCUUUAAUUAAGCAGGUAAACCUAAAGGAGACACGAGGUCUCAUUUUCAAGAGCGACAAAACUCCAACACGUUAAAACAAACUGCAUUCGUUACAGUUCAUAUUAGCAGUGAACUGGGAAUGAAACAAAAGACGGGAUUUAAUUUUUGAUCGAGACGGGAAAAAUAAGUAAAAAAAUAAUAAAUGAAUCCAAAGUGACGAGAAAAAAGUGCAAACUGGAUUUUCUGUCUUUGUAUUUGAGUCUUUGGGGCUGCGAACGUCAGCGAUGCCGCCUCACUGAAACAUUUAUAAACAUAAACCUGAACAUAGAACGAACUCAUUAACAGCUGCAGCCGCGCUCACAGCGUCACAGACGCCUGUAGCUUCAGUGUCAGAGGUCACACAUGGGUCUGUUCUGGCCUUUCAUUGGACAAUCGAGUGAAGAGCCGCAAGCACAGCUGGAAACAGUAACAUUGACAUAAUUAGGCUGCUGUUAAUGAAAGCUGAAACUCUUCUGCUCGUUUCCAGCUCCGUGUUUUGAUUCUCCCACAGCAGCUUUGCAUGAUUCCCAGUUCGUAAUCAUCCUUCUUUACCUGACACCGCACCUCAGUGCAGCCAGCCUGUCUGAAACGAGCCGUUUCAGGUGUUUACGCUGGCUCUUUUCUGAUUGGCUGCUCUCGUAAACGAGUGCGUUGGGUUUCUCCCCUCUCAGUGACAUCAUCCAGAUCCAGACUGUAAGAAAACAGAGACACUGAGUGUUCAGAGCAGCCUGAGCUGAACGAGCUCAUGGUUACUGUGAACGUCUCGUUAGGAGCCGAUGGCGUGCACAAAGUGUUCUCACACAGCUUCCCACUUCCUGUGCAGACAGGACGCAUACAGCUGGAUGUUUUUGUGCGUUUAUGGCAGCACUGCUCAGAUUUUCAAACUGAAAACAAAAUCUGCUCUUUUUUAACUGACUAAUUAUAACUUUAAUAUAUUUAUUUUAGCCGUUUUCUUUUUAAUGUGUUUUCUGAACGCAAACAGAAACACUGAAUGUUGGGCCUGACGGGACGCCGUACAGAGACGGAGCAGGUGUCCUGCUUUCUGGAUGAUUCCAUGUUUAAUAAUCUGCUGUAGCUUUAACACUACCUGGGCGGGUCUUAAAUGUUCCAGUUCUUUGUUUUUGUGCAAUAAAGUUUAUUAUAAUCUGUU